GCGCACGGCAGCGAGGGCCACGAGGAGGCGCACCGCCACCACACCUUCCCGUUGCUGGCUUUCGUCCUGGGCACGCUCGGUGCCGGCGUCACGCUGCAGGUCCUGCAGGAGCGCGUGCUCACCGCGGUGCCCUACACCUGCAUGCUCUUCAUCCUGGGUAUGGUAUUCUCUGCGAUCCACUUCUUCCGGCCCGAUAAGGACCACAUUGUAUGGGGAAAGACGUGGUACGACUCCAUCGAGCUGUGGGAGCACAUCGACCCACACGCGCUCUUCUUCACCUUCCUUCCGGCCCUGAUCUUCGCGGACGCCAUGAAGAUGAACGGGAAGCUCAUCGAGAAGGUGUUCGGCCAGGUGUUCAUCUUGGCGUGCCCUGGCGUUCUCUUCGGCACGUUCGCCACAGCCUUCUUUGUAAAGUACGUCUUCGCCGUUUAUGAGUGGCCCUUCACCCUCUGCCUGCUCUUCGGGGCCAUCUGCGCGGCCACCGACCCGGUGGCGGUGGUCGCGCUCUUCAACACGCUCGGCGUGUCGCCGCGCCUCACGAUGCUCGUCUCAGGAGAGAGUCUGCUGAACGACGGAACUGCCAUCGUGCUGUUCCAGGUUCUGCUUGGGCUGGUGACCGGCAAGGAGGAGCUGAGCAUGGCAUAUGUCGUCGUGUUCGCUCUGAAGACGGUCCUGGCGGCGUGCAUGCUCGGCGUGGUCGUCGCCGCCGCCUCGCAGCUGCUGAUCUACACCACGGCCGAGAGCAAGUACCACACCGACGCCAUGAUCCAGGUCACCGUGACGAUCGCCGUGGCAUUCUUGUGCUUCUGGUAUGCGGAGCACGAGCUGCAAGCCAGCGGUGUGCUCGCGGUGGUGUUUGCCGGUGGCGUCUUCUCCGUCUACGCCUGGCCUCGCUUCGCAUCCAAG